UAUUACUCUCGGCCUUGCAUCUUCUCGAGCCUACUAGUAGUCUGAUCUGGCAGGCCGACCAGGAUGGACUCCAUCAUCUCUCAAAUCCGUUCGUUAGCAGAAGCCGCCGACGAGGCUGGCAGGCAUAGCAUCCUCGAUGCUCUUCAACUCCUCCAAUCUCAACUGGAGACACCGAUGGACGUCCUCAUGAAGUUGUACAAUUCGCACGUUCAAACGGCCGUUAUCUACGUGGCAGUCCAACUCGGCUUGUUCAAGCACCUCGCCGCAGACCCUUCAUCGACCAUUACCGUUGCUCAACUCGCCGAUAAAACAGGCGCAUCCCCACAACUGCUUCAGCGAAUCCUCCGUUACCUGUCUUCCACGGCAUUCAUCUCCAACCCUUCGCCGGACCAUUACCAAGCCACCCAAGCAACACAAUUUGUUGCUAGCCCCGUGGCUGAUGCCGGUAUGAUUCAUGCCUUCGACACAUGCGGCCCCGCCACCAACGCUCUCCCGUCCUUCCUCGCCGACAACAACUAUUCAGACAUCACGUCUAACACGCACACUCCCUUCCAGAAGGGCCACAAUACCGACCUGAGCGCGUUCCAAUGGCUGGCGCAGCAUCCCAAGAACUUCCACGCCUUGCAGGUAGUCAUGACGGCAUUGCAGUCUGCGGACUGGCUCAAUGAUUUGGACGUCCUCGACCAAGCCGCCACCAAAGUCGUGCAAGGAUCGGAGAAAAAGCCAUUCUUUGUCGACGUUGGUGGCGGCCAUGGCCAUCAGUGCAAGCAAGUGCUCGAAAAAUUCCCGAAUCUGCACGGGAGUCUUGUCCUGCAAGACCUGGCCCAGGCAGUCGAUAAAUUGCCGCCCAUCGACGGUGUCAAGGUCAUGGCGCAGAAUUUCUUCGAGAAGCAAGCUGUGCAGGGCGCCAAAUUUUACUACCUCCGUCGGAUAAUGCACGACUGGCCUGAUGCCGAGUGCCUCACGAUCCUGUCCCAGCUGGCCGAAGCGAUGGACGGGGACUCGCGGAUAUUAAUGGAUGAAGUGGUCCUUCCAGACGCGAAUGUGCCGUGGCAAGCGGCGAUGCAGGAUAUAUCGAUGAACAUCCAGUUCGGCGGCAAGGAGCGCACGCGGAGCGAGUGGCAUAGUUUGAUUGAGAAGUCGGGAUUGGAGGUGGCUGAUGUAAGGACAUAUAACGUUUCGUCGUGUGCUUCGGUGAUUGUGCUGGAGAAGUAAGUAGAGAUCAAACGCCAGUCGAGGGGUCUCGCUGUUGAUUGAUGUUGUUGGUUAGAUAGAUACCCACCUCACUUGUGGCCGUGCUGUUCUCGGUGACGGCGGCGUGUACUUCGUACUAGAGCAGUAGUUAUCCCAUCUCAACAUGGAAUGUGACUGGAGCGAAGAGUUCAAGCUGAAUUCGGUGGUACAUGAAUGAAUUCCUUACCUACCGGGUAUCAUAUCAUGUCAUGGAUA